GACGAGUUUAAAGGUGUGAAAAAACCGUAUGAUUUCACGGGAAAAGUAGUGUUGACAACUGGCUCCAGCUCUGGCAUCGGUGAGGCAGUUGUCAAACUGUUUUCACUAUUGGGCGCCAGUGUUGUCGUCACCGGACGGAAGGGCCAAGAGGUCAGUCGUGUGGCCAAAGAAGCUCAGGAUUUGUCGCCACAGAAACUAAAGCUUCUGGAAGUGGUGGCAGAUGUGGGUAAAAGUGAUGAUCUAAAGAGACUGCUGGACGAGACAAUCAAAGCUUACGGUAAAUUAGAUGUGUUGGUCAAUAACGCCGGUUUCGGUCAAUACGCGGGUAUACGAGAUCCGAAACUCAUGCAAGUGUUUGACACGACUAUUGCCGUCAAUUUGAGAGCAUAUCUGGAGUUAAUUCAGUUGUCUGUUCCUUAUUUGGAUCAAACAAAUGGUACCAUUAUUAGCAUGUCUAGUAUUGCUGCACUGACCCCGUCAAUGAUUGGUAUGUCUUACGACGUCUCGAAAGCAGCCAUUGAUAUGAUGUCUAAAUCACUGGCUCUGGAAUUGGGCCCCAAAAUCAGGAUUAAUGUUAUUAACCCAGGAGUGACAUUCACCAACUUCUACCAUGAGAAUCCCAGUAUAAAUGCAGACACUGUGAGCCGAUUCAUAGCGUCCACACCAUUGAAACGUGUUGGCCAUCCCCUGGAUAUGGCCCGAGCGGUCGUAUUCUUAGCCUCGAGUGACGCCAACUUUAUAACCGGCGCUAAUCUAGUGAUUGACGGCGGAGUCGUCCAUAAUAUGCCCGCAAAAACA